CAUACCUCCAUUGACUCCAUCAGUCAAUAUUACUUCCUCCACCAAUCAAACCAUUCCCAACUCACUCAACCCCCUUCAACUCCAAAUUUUCCCUUCCAGGAAAAUCUGACUUCUAGCAACGCUUUCAGCAGCUUUAGUCCUUCCACCGCCACAAUACUCCCACAAGAGUUCAACUCUUUCACCACGGAUUCUCAAUCACCAUGGCUUCCCAACUCCAAUUCAUCGAGCCUGCCGGCAUCAACACAUCAACUAUCCAACAAUCAGUAUCUGAACAAUCCAGUUCAGCCAGAUCAACCUCAACAGGACUUUGUUCUUUACGAGAGCAGAACACCGAACGUUCAUCGUACCCCUAGUUUGUCCACCGCAUCUGCCUUAACAGCUCAAAAUCGUCGUCACUCAUCUCAUCUCGCAUCUGCUUCCCCAUUGCCGCAGAAUCAGAGAGUUGCAGCGAUCAUACAAUCUACUGGACAUUCUUCUAACUCGGCUUUCACAAAUCGGUUCAACUCUCCUGCGCAGCUUGUUCAGCACCAGCACUUUUACGCUUCUGCUCCUGUUUCUCCUGCACCUUUACAACAACCUCAGCGAUCUCGUCCUCAAGUACCCUUGUUUUCACAAUCAACUGGGAGCAUACCGCGAACUCCAAACAUGGCUUUCCAAGACAUGGAACUUUUCGGUGAUGAAUUCACUCCUUUCGAGGGUGGAUCCUCGACACAAAACUCAUACUCUUCGGCCUUUUCUUCUCCUGCCAUUCCAACAAUGUAUGAUCCAAUCAACAACUUGUCGUCCUCAAGCUCCACCACCAAUAUGAGUUUCGUUUCACCCAGAGAUCUUUCUCUUCGCGAUUCUUUCGCCACUGCCUCUGCUCCCAACUCGGCUGCGUUUACAAACUUGACUACUCCUUCCACGUACAACGAGUCCCCUGCUUUUGAAUACCAAGAUUCGCCUUUUAUCGGUCAAGAUGGACUUAACGAUAAUACGACCGUUCAAACGGGCGAUGCUUGGUUCUCUCUUUUCCCAGAUGCAGAGAACUUUGAGCAAGCAAAUGCCAACAAUUCUCCUCUGCUAGUCGAAGAAGAACUCGAAGUCGCCGAACAACUCAAUGCUAAAAAGGAUAACCGUCGCAAAUCUGGUUCUGCAACAUCUCCCAUGUCAGCUACUUCUGGUAUUCGAAAACCAUCCAAGGCUUUACCACCUAUCAUCGUUGAAGAUUCUAACGACACCGUCGCAAUGAAACGUGCUCGUAACACUCUUGCUGCUCGAAAGUCUCGUCAAAGAAAAAUGCAAAGAAUGGAAGAACUUGAAGAUGAAAUCACACGGCUAACUGCCGAAGUGGCUCACUGGAAGGAAAAAGCCUUGCGAAGAACUUGA